GUUCCGUUUAGCCUCGUAUCACGCUCUUUGUGAGGAUGUGAAACUCGAGGACGCGUAAGAAAAAUACAAAUAUAUUCAGUAACGUGUAUAUAAUGAUUUAAUUGGGUGUUCGCACUUACUGAAUUAAAAAGUGGUUUCAAGUCAAGGCAAAGGACGGACGGAGGUUUCAUGAAAGUGCCAAACACUUCAGAAUGGGACGCGUCCAAAUGGAUUCUAGCCGCUCUUCUAAUCACGACACCGCAACAAGGAAAAAGUGGUAAAGAGGACCAGGACACAACUAAAUUACAGUAUUAACUGCGCGUCAGACGAAGGAAAGAAGGAAGUGAACCAAAACCGUGGCUCUUCACUGUUUAGUGCACUUCAUAUUUGACCAGCGGCUGCCGCAGGCUCCCACGGACACCAUGGUUUCUGCUCCUAUGAACAGAUGAGAGUGUGCAGUCGCUUCAACCGAGCAGCAAUGAGCAGUGUACGGUAGACGAGCGUAGGCUGCGUGGCUCACCAGAACUAAUUCAGUGCUUCUAUUGUGUGAAACCCAGUUGUCCUGAAGAUGGGGCAUCCUCCCCUGGAGUUUAGUGACUGCUAUCUGGACAGUCCGGACUUCAGAGAGACUCUCAAGUGUUAUGAGCUGGAGCUGGAGAGGACGAGCAAAUUCCUCAAAGAGCUGAUAAAAGAUGGCAACAGUGUGAUCACUGCUAUCAAAGGAUAUUCUUUGGCUGUACAGAAGUUUUCCCAGACUCUCAGCACGUUCCAGUUCGACUUCAUCGGUGACUCCCUGACUGAUGAUGAGAUCAACAUUGCUCAGUCGUUCCAGGAGUUUGCCGGACUUCUGCAGGAAGUGGAGCACGACAGGAUGAUGCUGGUCCAGAACGCCUCCGAUCUGCUCAUCAAGCCGUUGGAGAAGUUCAGGAAGGAGCAAAUAGGAGUCACAAAAGAAAAGAAAAAGAAGUUUGAGAAAGAGAGUGAAAAAUAUCACUCCCAGGUAGACAAACACCUGAAUCUCUCCGCCAAGAAGAAAGAGAGUCAGCUUCAAGAGGCUGAUGAUCUUCUUGACAGAGAGCGAGUGAACUUCUAUGAGUCGUCAGUGGAGUAUGUGUACCAGAUCCAUCAGGUGCAGGACAGGAAGAAGUUUGAUGUGGUGGAGCCGGUGCUGGCGUUUCUUCACAGCAUUUUUACGCUCAACAACUUGACAGUGGAGAUGACUCAGGACUUCAUGCCUUACAAGCAAGAACUGCAGCUCAGCUUGCAGAAUACGAGAAACCACUACGAGAGCACUAGCGAGGAGAUGGAGGAGCUGAUGAAGAGGAUGAAACACCCAUCCCAGAUCAGUAAAAUGCACAGUUUGCUGCCCAUGGAGGGUUAUCUGUACUGUCAGGAGAAGUGGGCUUUGGGCGUGUCAUGGGUCAAAUAUUAUUGCAAGUAUCACAAGGAGGGGAGACAGCUGGUCAUGGUGCCUUGUGAACAGAAGCCUACUACUAAACAGGGCACGACGCAGCUGACACUGAAAUCCUGCAUCCGCCGCAAGACAGAGUCCAUAGACAAGCGCUUCUGCUUUGACGUGGAAACUAAUGAGAGAAACACACCCGUCACUUUCCAAGCUCUUUCGGAGGGAGACAGGAAGCUGUGGAUGGAGGCCAUGGAUGGAAAAGAGCCUAUCUAUCAUUCCCCAAUUCACAAGCAAGCUGAAAUGGAGCUGAAUGAGUUUGGAUUCAAGUUUGUGCGAAAGUGCAUCAAUUAUGUUGAAACAAAAGGACUCACGCAAGAAGGCGUGUACAGAACAGUUGGCAGCAACAUCCAAGUGCAGAAGCUUUUAAAUGCCUUCUUUGACCCCACAAACCCAGGAGAUGUGGAUCUUUACAGCAGUGACUGGGACGUUAAAACCAUCACAAGUGCACUGAAGUUUUAUCUGAGGAGCUUGUCUGAACCUCUGAUGACCUACAGUCUACACAGAGACCUCAUGUGUGCUGCAAGUAAGGAAAUUAUCCAGCACUAAGAUUAAGGAGUUUUGUAUGCUUUGUUUUGGAAACUUCCUUUUAUUAGUGUCAGGCCAUUGCAGUAUGUUUCAAGAGACUUGGUGAAUGUGUGCAGCCACAGUGAAGAAAACCGGAUGACCCCUUCAAACAUGGCUGUUAUCUUUGGACCCACGCUAAUGAGAGCGAAGGAGGAGACAGUGGCGGCCAUGUUGGACAUCAAGUUCCAAAAUAUUGUUGUUGAGAUUCUGAUUGAGGACUCCAAAAAGAUCUUCAGUUAUAUGCCAGAGGACAGCACUGCCCCACCUGUCCCUCCUCCGCGGAUCACCCCGAGAAAGCGGCAACCCAUCACAAUCUCCAAGCGGCCACCUCGUGUUUAUCCAGCUCUUAGUCACGACCACUUGCAGCACACAGAGAAUGGCCAGAACGACUACUCUGCUGUGGACGGGGAAGUCUCAACCAACCCUGUUCCCCUUCAGCGGACAAAACCUGUAAACUGUCCUCCACUCGUUCCAAGAGAACCUCCUCCAAGACAAGCGCUGAUGCCCAGACCAUCUAUCCGUCAGGACAGACACUCAGACUCUGACGCUGGCAAGACAGACGAUACAAGGCAAAGGCCAGAUUCUUCUUCGGCAGCAAAUGGGGAGUCUGGAGUCUACGUGAGCAGAGUGCCAUCCUUCCAGAGCAGAAGACCACCUCCUAAAGGCACGCCAGCCAACCGAGAAGGAGAUUCUGAAGGUCUAACCAGAAUGAGGUCCACAGAGAAACAUGCCAUUUGCAGACCCCCUGUCAGGCCUCCCGAGCCCCCCUCCAGAUUCCCUACUCCACAAAAGACCCCGAGUGCAGCCAGCAGCGAGGGCAUGGCCUCAUCCUAUGUCGCCUCAAAAACAAAGUUUUUUGAGAAUGCCUCCAAGCAUGUUGGCAGUCCACCGCCCUCUCCGUCAUCAACAGUGACAAAUGUGAAGAAAGAGAAUUAAAGUUACGGGGAUUCACACCACAUCGGAUGAUCUCUGCAUGUGCUGUUUGUUGGGUGCUGAUCAAGCUGGAGGGAGUCACCAUCAAUGAACUCAGUGAUCUUAUCGCAUAGAUUGAAGAAGUGGUUCUUUGUAGACAUGAAUGGAUGUAUUUGAUUCCAUUUGAUUUUUAAUAGCAUGAACGAUGUUUUGAGGCAACGCAGUAGCAAAUGGACUUUUGAAUGAGCUCACAAAGUAAUUGUCUCAGAGUUUGAUGAUUAUUCCAAAGUUAGGAUGGAGUGACUGUUUUCCCCUUGUUUCAGGCCAAUUGACAAUAAUGUCAAAUAAUAUUACAAUGUUUUGUCAUUUUACAGUGUUAAAAAGUUUGAAUGGCAAAUUUCUUUGGAGGGAACUAACUGCCAUAACUGGUUAUAACUGCUUACUUAAACGUCUUCUUGUCCAAAUGCUUACACUUGUUUUUAGCAUUGUAAAAUAGAUCUCCCAAAGAAGACUAAUUGAUUAAAUAGGUUUAAUCAUUAUUAAUCUGAAAUAGAUUUUUUGUUAAAUAUUAACUUCUUUAUAAAAUGGACCAUUUAAUGGUCUGUCAAGGAGCCUAAUGAAGAAAUUUCAUUUAAAGAUAAAUUAUUUCCAUGGAAGGUAUUUCAGUUUAGGUUCAUUCAAAGAAGAAUAUUUAGAUCUAAAUUUAAAUCAUGUAUGUCAGGUCAGACAUAAUGAGUCAUGUGGCCAUAAGUCACUUUUUAAGAGGCAUUACAAAGAAGUAUUGCUAUAAAAUGUCAGCCUGUAUUCCACUCAGUGUUGUUUGAGUUUAGAUAAUGAAUGUAAUGCUAGUGUUAGUUUAAUUGGGAAAAAUUAAAACAGUCACUAGUGACCAUCCUUUCAUUCCACUUCUGACUUUGGUGUCGCCCACUUCUUACCUAAUGAAGGCAGAUCAGGUUGCACAGGAGAGACCUUGAAGUUUACCUGAAUUUGUUGCACCUCAAAAUAAUAGGGAUCAAAAUGCAGGUCACAUAAGAAUCAAAAGUGAUUGUUUCAAUAUGUGAAUAUAACACUCCAGUGUUUUGUUUUAUUUCUUUGUUCUUAAUAUGGUUAUGUUAAUUUUACACUUGUUUUAUUUUGAUAACCCGACUUGAAAAUUCUGGUUGUUGUCUGGUUGGAUUUGUUUUCAUAAAAUUAAAUAAAAAUGAAAAAGUUCUCAACUGCA